AUGUCACUGAACAACUCCUCCAAUGUAUUUCUGGAUUCCACGCCUAGUAAUACCAAUCGCUUUCAAGUUAAUGUCAUAAAUGAGAGCCACGAGAGCAGUGCUGCUGUGAAUGACAACGCUGACCCUCCACAUUAUGAGGAAACCUCUUUUGGGGAUGAAGGCCAGAACAGAUUUAGAAUCAGCUUUAGGCCUGGGAAUCAGGAGUGCUACGACAAUUUCCUCCAAACUGGAGAAACAGCUAAAACAGAUGCCAGUUUUCAUGCUUACGAUUCUCACACAAACACAUACUACCUACAAACCUUUGGCCACAACACUGUGGAUGCUGUGCCCAAGAUUGAGUACUAUCGCAACACCGGCAGUGUUAGCGGGCCCAAGGUCAACCGACCCAGCCUGCUGGAGAUUCACGAGCAACUUGCAAAGAAUGUAUCAGUGGCCCCAGGUUCAGCUGAUGUGGUUGCUAACGGUGAAGGGACACCUGGAGAUGAACAAGCUGAAAACAAGGGAGAAGAUCAAGCUGGUGCUGUGAAGUUUGGAUGGGUGAAAGGUGUGCUGGUACGAUGUAUGCUGAAUAUCUGGGGUGUCAUGCUCUUCAUUCGCCUCUCCUGGAUUGUUGGAGAAGCUGGAAUCGGUCUUGGAGUCAUCAUCAUCGGCCUGAGUGUGGUAGUGACAACACUUACAGGUAUUUCUAUGUCCGCUAUUUGCACAAAUGGAGUGGUAAGAGGAGGUGGGGCCUACUAUCUUAUUUCCAGAAGCUUAGGGCCUGAGUUCGGUGGAUCUAUAGGCUUGAUCUUUGCUUUUGCCAAUGCAGUAGCUGUUGCUAUGUAUGUGGUGGGAUUUGCUGAGACUGUGGUAGAUCUUCUUAAGGAGAGUGAUUCAAUGAUGGUGGAUCCAACCAAUGACAUCCGGAUCAUAGGCUCCAUCACAGUGGUGAUUCUUUUAGGCAUUUCAGUAGCUGGAAUGGAAUGGGAAGCAAAGGCUCAAGUGAUUCUUCUGAUCAUUCUUCUCAUUGCUAUUGCAAACUUCUUCAUUGGAACUGUCAUUCCAUCCAACAAUGAGAAGAGGGCCAGAGGUUUCUUUAAUUAUCAAGCAUCAAUAUUUGCAGAAAAUUUUGGGCCAAGCUUCACAAAAGGAGAAGGCUUCUUCUCUGUCUUUGCCAUUUUUUUCCCAGCAGCAACUGGGAUCCUUGCUGGUGCCAAUAUCUCAGGAGAUUUGGAGGAUCCCCAAGAUGCCAUCCCCAAAGGAACCAUGCUGGCCAUCUUCAUCACCACUGUCGCCUACAUAGGAGUCGCCAUUUGCGUGGGGGCUUGUGUGGUCCGAGAUGCCACUGGGAGUGUGAAUGACACCAUCGUUUCUGGGAUGAACUGCAACGGUUCAGCAGCCUGUGGGUUAGGCUAUGACUUCUCAAGAUGUCAACAUGAACCGUGUCAGUAUGGGCUGAUGAACAACUUCCAGGUCAUGAGCAUGGUGUCAGGGUUUGGCCCCCUCAUCACUGCUGGGAUCUUUUCUGCAACGCUCUCCUCGGCCCUGGCCUCCCUCGUCAGCGCGCCCAAAGUGUUCCAGGCUCUGUGCAAGGACAAUAUCUACAAAGCUCUGAAGUUCUUUGCAAAGGGGUAUGGGAAGAACAAUGAGCCCCUGCGAGGAUACUUUCUCACUUUUGUUAUAGCCAUGGCGUUCAUUCUUAUUGCGGAACUCAACACCAUCGCUCCCAUCAUCUCCAACUUUUUCCUGGCCUCAUAUGCACUUAUUAAUUUCUCCUGCUUUCAUGCCUCUUAUGCCAAAUCUCCAGGAUGGAGACCUGCAUAUGGUAUUUACAACAUGUGGGUGUCUCUCUUCGGAGCUGUUUUGUGCUGUGCGGUCAUGUUUGUCAUCAACUGGUGGGCAGCUGUCAUCACCUAUGUCAUUGAGUUCUUCCUCUAUAUCUAUGUGACUUACAAGAAGCCAGAUGUGAACUGGGGCUCCUCCACGCAGGCUCUUUCCUACGUGAGCGCUUUAGACAACGCUCUAGAACUAACUACAGUGGAAGAUCAUGUGAAAAACUUCAGGCCUCAGUGCAUUGUCUUAACAGGGGGACCCAUGACAAGACCUGCUCUCUUGGAUAUAACUCACGCCUUUACCAAGAACAGUGGCCUUUGUAUCUGCUGUGAAGUCUUUGUGGGACCGCGCAAGCUGUGUGUUAAAGAGAUGAACAGUGGCAUGGCAAAAAAGCAGGCCUGGCUUAUAAAGAACAAAAUCAAGGCAUUUUAUGCAGCAGUGGCAGCAGAUUGUUUCAGGGAUGGUGUCCGAAGUCUCCUUCAGGCCUCGGGCUUAGGACGAAUGAAACCAAACACUCUGGUGAUUGGAUACAAAAAAAACUGGAGGAAGGCUCCCCUGACAGAGAUCGAAAACUAUGUGGGAAUCAUACAUGAUGCGUUUGAUUUUGAGAUUGGUGUUGUCAUAGUCAGAAUCAGCCAAGGGUUUGACAUCUCCCAGGUUCUUCAGGUGCAAGAUGAAUUAGAGAAAUUAGAACAGGAGCGGCUGGCUUUGGAAGCCACCAUCAAAGAUAAUGAAAGUGAAGAAGGAAAUGGAGGCAUCCGAGGCUUGUUUAAAAAAGCUGGCAAGCUGAACAUUACUAAGCCAACUCCUAAGAAAGAUAGCGGCAUUAACACAAUCCAGUCAAUGCACGUUGGGGAGUUCAACCAGAAACUGGUGGAAGCCAGCACCCAAUUUAAAAAGAAGCAGGGAAAAGGCACAAUUGAUGUUUGGUGGUUGUUUGAUGAUGGAGGGUUAACACUCCUUAUUCCCUAUAUCUUGACUCUCAGAAAAAAAUGGAAAGACUGUAAAUUAAGAAUCUAUGUUGGAGGGAAGAUCAAUCGCAUUGAAGAAGAAAAAAUUGCAAUGGCUUCCCUUCUGAGCAAAUUUAGGAUAAAAUUUGCAGACAUCCAUGUCAUUGGUGACAUCAACGUUAAGCCAAACAAAGAAAGCUGGAAAGUCUUUGAAGAAAUGAUUGAACCAUAUCGUCUCCAUGAAAGCUGCAAAGAUUUAACAACUGCUGAGAAAUUAAAGAGAGAAACUCCGUGGAAAAUUACAGAUGCAGAACUGGAAGCAGUCAAGGAAAAGAGUUACCGCCAAGUUCGACUGAACGAACUCUUACAGGAGCACUCAAGAGCUGCUAAUCUCAUAGUCCUGAGCCUUCCAGUGGCAAGAAAAGGAUCUAUAUCAGAUUGGUUGUACAUGGCUUGGUUGGAAAUCCUCACGAAGAACCUCCCUCCUGUCUUACUAGUUAGAGGAAAUCACAAAAAUGUCCUGACAUUUUACUCUUAA